GGGCAGAGUCUUUGAAACUGUACAGUGGGGGGUACUUUGCAUCAUCGUUGAAAGUUCAAGCUUUCAAUUGGAAGGACAGAAAGCCGUCCACUUAAAAAUCAACUUUCUUCCCCUUUUUUAAGCUGUGAAGGAAAAAAGGGAAAAUCCACUCCCUGCUUGCUCAGAGCUGAGAAUACCGAAAAUCGGCGGCCGAGGGGAAAGAUCGGAGACCAGAAAUGGCAUUGGAGCCGCCUCAUUUCCAGGAAGCAGAUCGGUGUGACGUCUGCAAAUGCAGCUUCAGUACUUUCCGACGAAGGCAUCAUUGCCGUCGCUGUGGAAGGACACUAUGUCAUGAACACUCGUCAAAUCAAAUGGCUCUGCCUCAAUUUGGAAUCCACUCAAGUGUUAGAGUUUGUGCUGAUUGUUUUAAUGAUUCUACUCGCUCAGGAAAUGUCAAUCAACAGGCUUCCUCAGAUGGAGUGAAUUCUGUAGCAGAUAAAGUUUCUAGAUUAGACAUUGGUUCAGAAACAGAUUCAAACACAGAAACAGCUACCCAGCAUAAUUCUGCUACUGGUGUUAUAGAGUGCAAGUGUGGGAUGCCUUUAUGCAUAUGUGAAACUCCGGCUCCAACCAUGGAUGCACCUGCCCUGCAGAUGAAAACCCCUUCUACCAGUGCUUCUCAGUCAAAUCCAAAACCAAAGAAGACAGAUGCCAUUCCUAAGAACAGAGGUUCCACUUCAAACAACAAACCUAGUUCUGUUUUCAGUUAUGGUCAAAUAACAAAUGGUGGUAUUGAUAAACCUCAGAUGGAUUAUGAAGUAAAUGGGGAGGGUUUGAGGGAAGCCAUAAAGAAUGGUGAUACUGCUGCAGUCAAGAAGAUACUCAGUGAGGGUGUGGAUGCAAAUUAUCGCGACAAGCAAGGCCUGUCUGUACUACAUUUGGCGGCACUCUUUAACCAAACUGAUAUAGCUUUUACACUCAUGGAAUCUGGAGCAAGCCUGGAAUACAAGAAUGCACAAGGGGAAACUGCACUGGACUGUGCUCCUGCAACUUUGCAAUACAAGAUGAGAAAGAAAAUGGAAGAACAUGGACAACAGGGCCCACAUACCACCAUCUGAGAGUAGAUGCGUGCCUUUUUUUUUUUUUUUUCUUUUUUUGCACAUGCAAUGCAAUGCAAGUUUUCCAUACCCUUGAGAAUUUGUAUUUUUAUUAACUGCAUGGAUUUGUAUAAUGUAAAUUAUGCUUGCUAGGUUGUGCUGAGAAUGUGAACUGUAGCUCAUGGAGUGUCUAAUGGAGUUCUUUCUUAUUUUUUUUCCUCUACACAACAGAGCAUCUUAAAUGCAAUAAAAAGUUUUAUGUUUGUCUGUA